GCUAUAGACCCAAUGGGGCCCAUAAGCCCAGAACAUUUUGAAUGAAGCCUCAAAUUGUCACUGCAGGGUCCACACCAGAGGAACCUGCUGAAGAACCUCCUGAAGGACUACAACCGGAUGGAGCGGCCAGUGGCCAACGACUCCCACCCGCUCACCGUGGUCUUCACCCUCAGUUUGAUACAGAUCAUGGACGUGGAUGAGAAGAACCAGGUCCUCACCACUAACAUAUGGCUACGGAUGAGCUGGUACGAUCACUACCUCCAGUGGAACCAGAGCGAACACCCUGGCGUGAAAAACCUCCGCUUCACUACAGAUCAAGUGUGGACGCCUGACAUCCUCCUCUACAACAGUGCAGAUGAUGACUUUGACUCCACCUUUAAGACCAAUGUGCUGGUGAACUCCAGUGGCUACGCUGAGUACCUCCCUCCAGGAAUCUUUAUGAGCACAUGUAACGUGGAUGUGCGCUGGUUCCCCUUUGACAUCCAGAGGUGUGAACUGAAGUUUGGCUCCUGGACGUACGACGGCUGGCUGCUGGAUCUCCAGAUGAGCGACGCAGACAUCUCAGGCUACAUGCCUAAUGGAGAGUGGGACCUGAUAGGAGUGCCAGGCACCAGAAGUGAGAUGUUCUAUGAUUGCUGUAAAGAGCCGUACCCUGAUGUAACGUUUGUUGUGACAAUACGGAGGAGGACGCUCUACUACGCUCUGAACCUGCUCAUCCCCUGCGUGCUGCUGUCUUCUAUGACUCUGCUCAUCUUUGUGCUGCCAGCUGACUCUGGGGAGAAGAUCUCACUGGGUAUCACCGUGCUGCUGUCUCUCACUGUGUUCAUGUUGCUGGUUGCAGAAAUUAUGCCUGCCACAUCAGACUCAGUCCCUCUCAUAGGUCAGUACUUUGCCAGUAUAAUGAUCAUCGUUGGGAUGUCAGUCAUCGCCACAGUCAUCGUUCUGCAGUAUCAUCACCAUGAUCCAAACGGAGGAAACAUGCCUAAAUGGGUGCAGCUUGUCUUGCUACAAUGGGUGGCCUGGUUUCUGCGCAUGAAGCGACCUGGAGAGAACGACGAUCCAGAAAGACCCCCAUGUGCCCCACACUUGCGGCGCUGCUCCUCAGGCUCACAGAGUGGCAGCAUCCCGAACCCUCCAGACCCAACUCUCCAUCCGCUGCACCCACAGAACCUUGCUCCACUCCAGACAGGCCCCCUCCACGCCGGGCACCCUGUUCUUCACACCCAGUCGAGCGCCAACAACAAUGGAAACCUUCUUUACAUGGGCUUCCAGAGCAUGGACGACCCUAGCAUUCUCUCUGAGUCUCUGCAGAGGAAUAAUCUUUCCGCGGGGCCUCCACGAGUAGCAGGAAGCCCGCCACCUCAUCUCCCGUCGCAGUUCUGCAGCUCUCCGCCGCCUCCUACACCCAAUAUGGAUACUGUAGGCUGCCCCAGCACUGUCUCCAGUGGUGGGGGCUUUGGAGGUGGAGCUGGAGGGCUCGGAGGCUGUUCGUCUGCUGGAGGAGACCCCCAGCUGCAGGCGAUCCUGGAGGAGGUGCGGUACAUGGCGGACCGUUUCCGGGAGCAGGACGAGUCUGAAAGCAUGGCAGACCAGUGGAAAUUUGCAGGCGCUGUAAUCGACCGCCUGUGUCUUGUGGCGUUCAGCGUCUUCAACAUCAUAUGCACCAUCUCCAUCCUCAUGUCAGCUCCUAACUUUGUGGAGGCUAUUUCAAAGGACUUUGUUUGAAAGGAAAAAAAAAGGAAGGAAAAGUGAAGGAAAGUAUGAUGGGAAGUAAAUAUUGGAUGAAGGAUGGAACGGGCCCAGAUCCAAGGAAACACAAUUUCCAGUGGACUGUUGGCGCUGUGAUUUGUGAUCACGAGAGAACUGGGAAAUGGGGAAAAAAGGGGGGUUUACUUUGCAAUACAUUCUGUUUUGUAACUGAAAUAAAAGGAGAAAACAGAUGAGGAAGGGGAUGCAGAGUGAACUUGGAAUGAGAUUAAAGGGGGCAGUGUGCUUUAUCAGAUUUUUGACAAGGUGGAAGGGAUUUAUGUGGUUAUUUCAGAGACUUCCCCUUCAAAUUAGGAGAAAGAUGAGUCAGAAAGAGAAAAAGAAAGAAGAUCCUAAAGCAAAGGAGAGAUUGAGAGAGUAAGAAAGAAAAGGAGACAGGCAUUAGAAAGUGCUAGAUAAAUAAGACAGACAUUUGGCUGUUUUAUUUUCUCAAGCAGGGAAGACAGUCCUUAACUCCCACAUGUCGAGAAAAGACCGCAUCGUUUAAAGUGAUGUAAAGAGGAGAGCUUGGGUUGAGGAGAGAGAGAGACUUUUACAAGGACAGACUGCAAAGAGCAGUUGUGAGGGACUGACAUUUUAUCCCUCUUGACAUGGGUAAUGAUAGGCGAAGGGAUGUUGGAAUAUUCAAAAAGCAGACUGAAGAUCAGGAAUGCUGCAGCAGAGAGGAAAAGAAGAGGUUCUCAUCAAUCAUUCAAUCACAUUCAUCUAAUGACCGUCAAAUUGAAAGACCUUGGAUAAUCUUUAAGACUAAUCAGCUUUUAAAAGAUGAAGUCUCUCUCUGCUCACACACCACUUUAAAUUUCCAAGGCCUUAUCUCUUUGAAAUGAUUGCCAAUCUGCAACAAUCAGCAGAGAUCAAAAGCUGCACAGCAGCGGGCACAGUGUGCUGUGCUUAUCUCGACAGGAAACUGAAUUAACCGGCCAUCAACGACGGAAUGGCCAGUAGCUGCCACAGAGUGGAGGCUUGAACCAAUAAUUACUCAUUGAGCAGUUACCUAACUGUAUCCGGCAGGUCCUGAUAGACUGACAGAUCUCACUGGAGUUCAUACUAAAGGUUUAAACACUGAAAAACAUGAGAGGCAUAAAAAGGGAGAAAACCAUUAAAAAUCCCCAAAUCUGUUCUUUGUUCUUACGAGUGAUUUCACAUUCAUCUAAAUGUACCAUGAGUCUUAAAUAGAGCUGUUUGCUAUGUGUUUGACUUGGAGUUGUUAAAGUGGUAAUUCCAAAGGUUUGAAUUUAAGACCUGACCUUCAGCCCGAGUGCAUCUUACAAAUGGAUACCAUAAAAUAAAGAGGGUCUUAAAUUAGUCUGGGUUUGGUUGAAUUGAGCCGUUUUAUCUACUUUUAGUCAGUCAGGCAACCAUGAAUAACUUUCUUGUGUUUCUGCUGCCAUUAUAAAUGCCAGUAAGUUUAAAUUUUAAACUUUCUGAAGGAUGGCUGUUUGAUUUUAACAAACUGUGUAAUGUAUCAACAGUUACUGGUCAACACUGAGGGCAGAUCUUUUUUAUACUUGCCAAGGCUGUGCCCACAGCCCUGGCAUGUAUAAGACCCCCCCCCCCCAAAUCCUCCUGCCCUAAAAAGGCCCCGCUGCAAGUCAUCAUAUUCACAAGGUGGAAAUUGUUAAUUUCAAGCUCUUAAAUGGUAGCUUGAUCACAUUAAUGUGUUACAGCUUUGCAAAGUGUGUAUACUGUGAAGAAAAACUGAAAAGCUAUCUCUUCAAUUCUUCUUGAAUAAUCGAUUAAUCAAUAAGACCAUAAAACAGAAUCUGUGGAGAUAUCGGGCUAAAAUCAAGUCCAAACAGCAUAUUUGAUUUCCUUCAGAUAUCAUCAGACAUUAGUGACAGUUAUCAUCCUCCUUGAAGGAUGCUAACAAGGAAAGUUUGGCGCUAAUGCUUGUCUUUUAAACUAGCUUGAAAGUAAAACUUCACAUUGUAAGCUUAUCAGCACAGCUUAAAAGGCUAUGUUACAUCCAGUCAAUUCUUAGCUCAUGUUAUAUUAUGGUGUACUGAGUGGAGUCUGGCAGACAUACGUCUCUUAUGGCCACUCUCACAGACCGUUCAUCUGAGACACCCUAUAUCUCAGAAAGGAGGUGUCGUAAUUUGCCAGUUCAACGUACUGCCAGUUAUGGAUUUUUUUUUAAUUCAACUUUACUCAUAAACAAAGUCUGGUAGUGACAUUCAUGAAA